AUGCCUUAUGCUGUGCAAGCCUCAACUUCGACUUCAGCAGCAAGACCUGGUGUUAGUCCUUGCUCAGUGCAGAGCCCUCCACCUCCUCCCUAUCAAAAUGAGCUCCUAGAUCCAACUGGUUCUCUCUACAUUAACCAUUCAUCAUCAAUGCAAGCUGCAUCUAUGAUGCCUGUCUCUGGUCAUCCUCCAACUUGUCGAUCAAAUACAAUUCCUUCUCCUGGACCUGCCAGACUCAAGAAACAAAAAAAAGAUCGUAAACCACGCACACCCUUUACUAGUACCCAAUUGAUUGCUCUUGAAAGAAAAUUUCGACAACAACGAUAUCUUUCAGUUGCAGAGAGAGCAGAGUUUGCUGAAUACCUUAACUGACUGAACCAAGUUAAAAUAUGGUUCCAGAAUCGACGUGCUAAAGAAAAGAGACUUAGAGAAGCUGAAGCUGAAAGAGCUGCUCGUAGCUUAGGAAUCCCUCUUUCAUAUGCUCAUGCUUAUCACACAGACUUACUACAUAAUCCAUUAAUCCCGGGUUCAGCUGUUCCACAUUCAAUGCCAUUACAGUCAUCAACAAAUCUUGGGCUGUUUCAACAGGGGCCUCUCAUAGCUUCUCCUCCAGUUCCACAUACUCCACAUUAUCCUACAGCUCAGCCUGUUCUCUUUCAUCCGCCUCCUGUGAAAUACGAAGCUCAUCAUCACUCUGUUGCUACAUCAACCUUAGGUUUAAUGAUGGACCCAAAUCGAACAAUAGGACAUAUGCCACACACAACUAUAUCUUGA